CUCUUAUUAUUCAUGGCACUCUCAGGAGCAUCGUACAUGGGUACCUGAUUCCCGAGUACCCUCUACCGGAGUCUCACCGGACGCGAGCACCGUCUUGAGGUUCCUGGGAUCUUUCCCCCUUCAUAUCCACAUCAGUACAUCCGAUAUCUUCAAUUCCGCGGUUCAGCCCAAGUACAGCCGAGAAGCCUCAUCCUGUCUUGAAAUCAGUCCGUACUCGCCUGUGCGACGGCUUGAGAGCGGCAAUAUCACGUGACCCCCGGAGAAGGCUCACUCUGAGUCGAGUGCCUCCCAAAUCCCCCUUUUCCACACAGCUGCCCGGUUGGUUCGAGUCAGCAGCGAUUUUGCAAAGCGCUUAUAAUGGGCAUCCCAGAAGCUCUACAAUGGCACCGGACCAACUCACAUCACUGACUAGCGACAAUGAGAUUAUCAAUUUCCAUCACCCCUUCACUCCUUACGAUGUCCAGCUCCAGUUCAUGCGCGCCGUUUACGACGUGCUGCAGCGAGGCGAAGGCCAAGUUGGCAUAUUAGAGAGUCCUACGGGAACGGGAAAAUCUCUCUCGCUCAUCUGUUCCGCAUUGUCAUGGUUGAGGAACUACAAGAAAGAGCAGUAUGAAAUAUCAAUCAAUACUUCGAAGGCAGGAAUGGAGGGCGAACCAGACUGGAUUAUUGAGCAUACUCUACGUCGAAAACGCGACGAGUUGGCAACACGGUGGGAGGAAAGAGAAGCAAGACUGGCGAGGAUUCGGGCAAAAGAAAAGUCGAUGGAGCAGCGUAGCAAUAAGCGGCGACGGAUAGAGGAACCCACCUCAAGGACUAAAGAUGCAACCACCGACGAGGAAGCCGAGUUCCUUCUCGAUGAUUGGAAUGAGGACGAUGAAGUUGGAGACGAUGAUCCAAUGUCCAUGUUCAGCAAAGAGACAAGGGCUCUGAUGGAGAAGGUCGGUCUCGGCGUGUCUAAGAAGGAGGACGAGGAAGAAGAGCAGGAUGACGAACUCAAGGUCUUCUACACUUCGAGAACACAUUCUCAGCUCUCGCAGUUCAUUUCCGAACUUCGUCGGCCCGUCUUCCCUCCUUCCAUGCCCCCCAACAUGGCCGAUUCGACUCGCGAAGAAGCUAAAACCGGUCCACACGGGGAGGGGGUGAAGCACAUUCCACUUUCCUCCCGUCAAAGACUGUGCGUUAAUCCAUCCGUCGCACGACUUGGCUCGUUGAGUGCGAUCAACGAUCGAUGUACGGAGCUCCAGCAGCCAAAAUCCAAAGACAAAUGCCCGUUUGUACCCAAGUCGGAUAACUUAAGUAAUACGCACCAAUUCCGUGACACAGCCUUGGCCACCCUUCCGGACAUCGAGGAUAUGUUCCAGCUUGGCAAGUCACUGCAAGUCUGUCCCUACUACGCAUCGCGGACCGCCAUACCAGGUGCGGAGAUUAUCACUCUUCCAUAUCCCUUGCUUCUACAGAAGAGCGCCAGGGACGCUCUCGGCAUCAAAUUAGAAGGUAAUAUUGUCAUCAUCGACGAGGCACACAACAUCAUGGAUGCUGUGGCGAACGUGCAUGCGGCCGACAUCCGACUCAGCGAACUGCGGAAGGCAAGGCAGAUUCUCGGCAUAUACGUCAAGAGGUUUGGGAAAAAACUCAAGGGCGAGAACCGAGUUAUGGUUGCCCAGGUUGUUCGAGUCGUGGAUGCGCUGAGCGAGUGGCUGGAUGGUGCUCUAAAGGUCAAGGGCGACCGGGGAAUCACGGAUCCAAAUACUCUCCUCAAGGGGAGAGGGGCCGACCAGGUGAAUCUUUACAAGCUCAUAGGAUAUAUCCGAGAAUCGAAAUUGGCAUACAAGGUCGAAGGCUACGCGAGUCACAUCGAAGAGUCGGAAGCUUCCUCAACACACAAAACAUCCUCGACACCGGUCUUGCACACUCUUCAGUCCUUCCUCGCGGCACUUACCAACCUGUCCAGCGAAGGUCGCGUGUUCUACGAGAGGCUACCUGGCCCGCCUUCGGAUAUCAAGCUCUCUUAUCUCCUCCUAUCGCCAACACACGCAUUCUCCUCGAUCGCGGCGAGUGCGCGGGCGGUCAUCCUCGCUGGAGGAACAAUGUCGCCCUUUGACGACUACAAGGCCCAUCUCUUCCCAUAUCUAGGUGUGGACAAGAUCACCACCCUCAGCUGUGGGCACGUCAUCCCGAGCUCCAACCUCUGUGUCUGGACGCUUGCCUCGAUGCGGCCCAACACUGCAAAGACAAAUGCAGCCGGUGAUUCUGCAAGCAGUGGUGUGUUCGAGUUCAGUUUCCAGAAGCGCAGCAACAAGGGGAUGAUACGCCAGCUUGGAGUUGCGAUGCUCAACAUCUGCUCUGCCGUUCCGGACGGAGUCGUCGUGUUCUUCCCCAGCUACGGCUACCUCGACGAAGUGGUAGCGACGUGGGAGGCCCCCGAUCCAGCGGGCGGCCCUGGCGCGAAGACGUUGUGGGACCGGCUGGAGUCGAAGAAGGCCGUCUUCAGGGAGACCAAGGGAGGGUCCAGCGAGGAAGUGCUUCAGGAAUACAGCGCCGCAAUUCUGGGCGAGGGAGGAGCGGGGGGUAGUAACACGUCCAGCGCUCGCGGAGCCCUCCUGCUCAGCGUCGUGGGCGGCAAAAUGAGCGAGGGGAUCAACUUCUCCGACCGGCUGGGCCGGUGCGUCGUCAUCAUCGGCCUCCCGUACCCGAACAUCAACUCUCCGGAGUGGAAGGCGAGGCUCGAGUACAUCGAAUCUUCGACUCUGGCUCGAUUAACCAGUAGCCCGACGACCGACGGCCCACCUGCUGGACGCGAAGGAGCGGCAGCGGCAGCGGCAGCGGCCAAGCAGGCUGCCAGGGACUUCUACGAGAACGCGUGCAUGCGGGCCGUGAACCAGAGCAUCGGCAGGGCGAUACGGCACCAGAACGACUAUGCCGCGAUCGUGCUCGUCGACCGGCGGUUCGGCACGGAGAGGAUACAGGGGAAGCUGCCCGGGUGGAUCCGCGGGGGGAUGGCGCAGGGGAGCGAGGAGAAGGGGCUGCAGGGGCUGAUGGGGGCGUUGAGUGGUUUCUUUCGAGGGAAGAAGGAACAGCUGUAGAGAGUAACCCGCGUGUGACACUUCUGCCUGUACUGUACUAUAGGUGAAUUGCAUGUCGAGACGAGAGUGACACUGCAGUAUGUACCGUACUGUACAUACCUAUUUUCCAAUUCCGGUGGUUGCACACGCGGUUCUACGCCAUUGCUUAGCUCCGCAC